AUGCUAGACUCCUUCCCUAGCAUCACCACCACCAUUCAAUAUGGUCUAAUUUCCCCCCAAACCACCCUCCUCUCCAUCAUCCUUCCCAUCCUCCUCUGCCUUAUUCUCCUUCUCCCCUACCUCAACCCCACACCUCCGCCCCCAAAAGGCUGCCACAGACUGGGUCUCUCUCCUUCCCAGCGCUCCAAUCUCCACGACGAAUACUCACCCAAAUACGCCCACGGCGCUCCCAGCACCGCCACAGACCCCGACACCGGGCUCUCAGCAUGGCGCAUCAAAGCACUCUUCACGUACCCGAUUAAGAGCUGCGGGGGAGUGGAGCUCGAGGCAGCAGAUGUCAUAGAGACGGGGUUGAAAUAUGAUCGGUUGUUCUGUUUUGCGGAGUUUUUCCCUUCAUCACAACCUACUACCACCAAUACAUCUACCUCAACCAACAACCAAGAAGAGAAUAAUGGAACCUGGACAGCUCGCACCCUCCGAGACCGUGACUUUCGACAGCUGGCCCUCCUCCGUCCAGAGAUCUGGAUCCCAGAUCCAUCCUCGCCUACAUAUUCCCCUACAAACCCAGAAACACUCUCGAACGGCGUUUUACUUAUUUACUACCCCCUCCCACCAUCUCGCAGCCCCUUAGUCACCUUGCUAAGAACCCUACACAUCCUCCCAUCCCAAUCAUCCUUCACCAUCCCCCUCGAUCCCCCACCACAUUCAUUAACUGAUUUCCCCCUUACCCCUGUCAAAAUCUGGAAAGACAUCCCCCUCGCACACAACUACUCCCACCUUCUUCCACAGUCCCUAAAGGAUCUCCUAACAUACGAUACUACCCUCCCACCCCACCAACGGAGACAACUCUCCCUCUUCCGCGCAAGCCACAUCCACAGACGAGAAAUCUACCGCAACGCUCCUCGCAAAGAAAAGAUAGGCUUCCAGCCCGUGACUGGCUUCGCAGACGCGUAUCCGAUCCAUUUACUCAAUAUGGCGAGCGUGAGGGAUGUUGCCGCCAACUGUGCCGAUGAGAUCCCCGAGUUGAGUGUGAGAAGGUUCAGGGCGAAUGUGAUUAUUCAGGGGCCGGGGAAGUUCGUGGAAGAUGAGUGGAAGAGGAUAGUUAUUGGUGGUUCCUCUGGGGAUGCGGAUGGGGUAGAAAUCUACACAGCAUGCCGCACUAUCCGGUGUAAACUGCCCAAUGUGGAUCCUGAUACUGGGGUACGACAUCCCAGGGAGCCGGAUCGCACGUUGAAGAGGUACCGACGGAUUGAUGCGGGAGAUUUGACGAAUGCGUGUUUGGGCAUGCAGUGUGUUCCUGCUGUUAGAGAAUUCACGCUGCGGGUUAAUGAUCCUAUUACGGUAUUGGAGACGGGUGAGCAUUGUUAUAUCAAGAUGCUGGCGCCGGGGGAGAAGGUUGAGGGAGUGUGA